AAUCCGCACCCACAUUAACAGGCGUCUAAACGACUUUCCCUAGUGGACCGCUUCUAUUUAUCGCACGCCCCGACAGCCAAAGGCAGCAAGAACUCAAGGCACUUAAACCAGGGCGGCAGCGCGCGAGUCCUUCAUGGCACCGGGCAUUCAUACAGCAAAGUACUAGCGGAUAUAACGUUCUCCUGGACUCCGGUGCCUUGGAAGGAUGUCGCACGAGUCUGGCGCGUCCGAGGCGCAAGCGCCUAUGAACCUUGUCGACUUGUUUCAGGAGGGAGACACAUGCAUCGAGCGCCGCAGGACGGACAAUCUCUUCCGGCAACUCGACGAGCGCCAGCUCACUGAAGAUGAGCAGUCUAUCAUUCAGCAGCGGGUUGACCUGCAGCGCAAGAUGUUCCAGGAGUAUGAGCGCCGCGAAAAGCAGCGCAAGGUCCGGGAGCUCCAGGAGGUUUGCCCAGACCUGGAUGAAGAAGCCGCCACCCGCGCGCUAGAGCUCUGCCACUGGAAGGAGGAGGAUGCGGCGGUGCGCAUCAGCUCGGACCCCGCCUUCCUGCGGCGGGCGUGCACCGGAGCCGUGGAGGAGGCGCCAGCCCCCGAGCAGGCGCGGCGGCCCCGGACCACCACCCGCGCGCCGGUAGGGCCGCGGCCCAAGAAGGUCGACCCCAACCAGGUGGGAGCUGUGUUCAUCGGCCGCUUCAAGGCGCGGCUGGGCCCGCACCAACUGAGCGCCAUGGAGCGCCAGCAGCGGACCGCCACCGCCACCGCGGCAGCCGGCGGCGCCGGAGGCAGCGGCCAGGGACGGCGGGGCGGGCGGGCGGCCAAGGCGGACGCCGACGCCGCUGCGGCGAAGGCUGCUGCCGCCGCGGAGGAGGAGGCGCAGCAGCACGAGGAGGCGCAGGCCGCAGCUGCGGCGGCGGCGGAGCAGCAGCUCGCGGCUGAGGGUGCCGACGUGGACAUGGCUGACGCUGAGGGAGAGCAGGCGCCUGAGGGCGCCGAGGGCGAUUGCGAGAGCGAGGAUGGCGACGAUGCGGAUGCGGAGGAGGCUGAGCCCAACUCGGCAGACCUGUCGGACAACGAGCCGCAGUACGAGGAUGACGUCAUGCUGCCCGUGCUGAGCCCGCCACCUGCUGCGCGCCAGGGCCGGCAGCAGCAGGACGGGCAGCAGGAGGGCGAGCCCGAGGGCGAGGGCGUACCUGGCCCAUCGCCCCGAUUCCAGUACCGACUGGUCGCGGAGACGCCCAACGGCGGCGUCCAGUCCGUCGCCACCACCGAAUGGAACGCCCUCCGCAAUGCCGGCUCCGGCGCAGACCAGGGCGGCGCAGCCGGCCAGGAGGCGGCCGCCGGUGCCGCCGCCGGCAUCAACGGGGCUGCGGCGCCGACGCCCGUCGGCGGCGGCGGCUGUGCCCCCAACGCGGCAACCGGCCUGGCGAUGGCAGGCGCCGGCGCGGCUGAGGGCGAGGAGGUGAGCAGCCCGCGGCAGCACCUGCAGCUGUCCGGCCCAUUCACCGUCACCCGCAGCGGUGCCAAGCAGGCAGCGUCGCUGCAGCAGACCGGCGCCGCCGCCGUUGCAGCGGCGGCCGCCGCCAAGGCGCUCGCCGCCUGCGCCACCAGCGCCCCGGCCGCCGCCAAGCCCGAGGCUGUUGCUGCAGCCCCGCAGCAGGAGGAGGCUAAGCGGGAGCCGCCGCAGGCGGUGCCCGCACCCGCUCCCGCUGCGGCGCCCACCGGCCGCGGCAGCCGCGCCCGCCGCGCCGCGGCGGAGACGGCGCUGUUCCUCGCCAGCGCCCGCCGCGCUGCGCGCUCCGGCUCCGCUGACAGCGGCUUUGGGGAGGACCCCAUUGCGAGCGGCUCGCAGUCGGACGCUGAGACCGCCACAGACGGCUCCGACUUUGAAGCUGAGAUUGAGGCGGAGGCGCGCGGCGCCGCCGCGGCGUCGGCUUGCGCCGCCGCCGUCGGCGGACGUGCGGGUCGUGCCGGCGUGGCGGCGGCGGUGCUGGCUGCGGCGGCGGCUGGCUCUUCGAGUGAGAGCGAUGAUGACUUUGUGGACGACGAGGCGAGCGAUGAUGAUUUCCUGGAGGGCGGCGGCCGCAAGCGCCGGGGAGGCGGCGGUCGGCAACCCGCCCGCAAGCGCGGUCGCGCAGCGGCGCCGGUGACUGCCCAAGCCGCGCCGGCAGCGGCACCAGUCGAGACGGCGGUGCCGGCGGCUGCGGAGGUGGGGACGUCCGGCCGGGACGCGGCGGGUGCGGAAGCGGCGCAUGACAGCGAGGCGACGGAGACGGAGGACGAGGGGGCGGCGAAUGGCCGCGGCCGGGCCGCCGCCAAGGGCAAGAAGGCGGGCGGGAGAGGCGGUCGCGCUGCCGCCGCCUCAAAGGCCGGUGCGGCGGGCGCGGCGGGCGGCGGCGCCAUCAGCGCCAGCGGCCACACCUGCCGCGGUCGAGUGAAGCAGAAGGGCGUCAAGCGCGCCGAGCUGCUGGCGGUUGGCAAGCUGGUGCCACGGCAGGGCUGGUUCAACGCGGGCUACAUCUUCCCCGCCGGCUUCAAGGCCAGCACUUCGUUCCGCUCCUCCGUGGACCUGGACGCCCUCACGGUGCAUACCUGCGAGAUCCUCGGCGAGGGCGGGCAGUACUGGCCUCAGCCCACCUACGUGGUUACGGCCGCGGACCGGCCGGACGAGCCGCUGGUGGCCAAGAGCUGCACUGGCUGCUGGACGGCGGUGCUCAAGCGUAUCAACGCCGAGAUCGAGGGCCGCCGUGCCGCCGGCGAGCAGCUGCCGCCGCCGCCCAAGACCGCCAUCGCGGGGCCCGAGUACUUUGGACUCAACCAGCCCGACAUCUGCGCCUCUAUUGAGGCACUGGACCCGGAGCGCCUGUGCGCCGUGUACUGGGACGGCAAGAUGGACCGCGAGGCGGCGCGGGGCGGCCAGCCGGGCCCCGCCCGCGCGCGGGCCACGGGCACGGCUGCAGCCGGCGGCGAGGGCGGCGCAGCGCCGGCCAAGGCGCCCCGCGCUCCGCGCAACAGCACGGGCGGCGGCGGCGGUCGGGGAAAGCGCGCGGGGCGGCGGGGCAGCGGUGCGGUGGAGGAGGAGGACGAGCCGGAGGGCGCCAACGGCGAUGAGGACCCCGAGGAGACCUACGCCGGCAACCGCUGGUCGGCUGUCAGCCGCGCGGAGCGCUACCGCAAGCGGCGCGAGGACGCGGGCGAGGACGCGGCGGCGCUGCUGGCGGAGGUGAACGCCACCAACCCGCUGCCCGGCUUCCUGGACCCCAUCACACUGGAGCCGGUGGUCAACCCCGCCAUCAGCCCCUUUGGCCACGUCAUGGGACUGGCCACAUGGAGGGCCGUGCUGGCGGAGCAGGGCCGCUGCCCCUUCACCAAGAAGUCGCUCAAGGCUGAGGCGCUCACCGUGCUGACCAAGAACAACAUCGAGCGCUACCGCAGCCGCAUUGUCAACGCCAUCUAAAGCUGCAUACCUACGCUGCAUACCGUACAUGCGGUAUGCCAACGCCGUGGCAUGACGGACAUCACGGUCGACCCGGCUCCGGAGCCCAUCGGGCAUGUAGGCGGGGCUGCCAAGCGCGUGAGGACGGCCGGUCGGGCAGGCGGGCAACCCGGAGGUGGUAUUUAUGAGUGGAAGCGCCCUGCCGUACCGUAGCUAGAAUCGUUUGUCCGCUGCGGGGCUAGUGUAAUGACUAGGGUGUGCGAGUUGUGUUUGACGCAGGGGGGAGGCGUGCCCAGCUCGUGGAGCUUCGCCAAGCGUGAUGCAAGGCGGGGCUCUUGUCGUGCCUGAGGCUGCCUCGACGACAGUCACAGUGUUUUGGUGGAUGGUCAUUUAGCCAUCGCCGCUCCAGACAGGCAAGCAGCGUCCGUCUUUCGCCACGAAAGCAGCAGACACCCGGGACGGGGGCUUGGUACCCUACGAGUUUAGGCAUAGAAGGCAUACGCUCCGCUCCAACCGUACGUGUUGCACUCGGGGAUGGCGUGGAUUUUCUGAUGGCACGGAGCGGUAUGCCCAAGGGCUGGCCUACGUACGCCGAAUGAUGCUGAAAUCAAGCUCAGACGUACGGACUGCGUGGCGAAGAGCAAUCUGUCACCGCACCGCACUGCCGGGCGCAGGGGCGCUGUGCAGCAUGGGUGCCGGCUCAACGGUCUGCCAGCUCAAUUUCCAAUCGGUCGCGCGUCUUGGGAGCAUUGGCAUAGUUCCGUUCCUCUUCAAUAGGUGAAUGUACUUUGAGUACUUGCAAAGUUGCAAAUCGAGCACAGGUUGCGGUCACUUUUGGAGUUUACUUGGACUGCCUCGCUGCUCCUCGAUUUGCAGCACUCGCUGACCAUUUGUGAGGACAACGCCGUGUAUAUUGCAAGCACAUCCGUCUGAUUAAGCCACCAUCAGUUAAC